CACCGACCGCGCUCCCGUCGCGUCCCGUCCCGGUCCCGCUCGGCAGGCAGCGGCGAUGCCGCGGGCAGGCGGCCCCCCGGGGGUGCCAGGCUCGGCGCUGCUGGCGCUGGCGCUGUGGCUGGCGGGGUCCCCGGGCGGCGGGCAGCAUUACGACUACUACGGCUGGCAGCCCGAGAGCCUGCCCCACGGGCGCUUCUACGGGCGGGAGCCGCAGUGCCUCGACAUCCCGCCCGACAUGCAGCUCUGCCGCGACGUGGGCUACAAGCGCAUGCGGCUGCCCAACCUGCUGGAGCAUGAGACCAUGGCUGAAGUCAAGCAGCAAGCCAGCAGCUGGGUGCCCCUGCUCGCCAAGCAGUGCCACACCGACACCCAGCUCUUCCUCUGCUCCCUCUUCGCCCCCGUCUGCCUCGACCGGCCCGUCUACCCCUGCCGCUCCCUCUGUGAGGUGGUGCGUGACUCCUGUGCCCCCGUCAUGGAGUCCUAUGGCUUCCCCUGGCCCGAGAUGCUGCACUGCCGCAAGUUCCCCUCCGACCACGAGCUCUGCAUUGCCGUCCAGUUUGGGAACAGCAAGGCCACCCCGCCGCCAGUGUCCAAGAUCUGCACCCAGUGUGAGAUGGAGCACAAAGCAGAUGGCAUGAUGGAGCAGAUGUGCUCCAGUGACUUCGUGGUGAAGAUGCGCAUCAAGGAGAUGACGGAGGAGAACGGAGAGCGGCGGCUGGUGGCUGCCCAGAAGAAGAAGGUGCUGAAGCUGGGCCCGCUCAAGCGCAAGGACACCAAGAAGAUGGUGCUGCACAUGAAGAACGCGGGUGCCUGCCCCUGCCCACAGCUAGACAGCCUCAGCGGCAGCUUCCUGGUGAUGGGCCGCAAGGUGGGCAGCCGCCUGCUCCUCCUCGCCAUCUACCCCUGGCAGAAGCACAACAAGGAGAUGAAAUUUGCCGUCAAGUUCAUGUUCUCCUACCCAUGCCCCCUCUACCACCCCCUGCUCUAUGGGGCCGGGCAGCACUAGGGCUCUGCCCACCCUGCCCCGUCCCGGACUUCUGCACUGGCCCCACGCUGCACCCCUGGUUGCACUCAAGGACCCCUGCUCUGCUCCCCUCAGCCCCUUGGCUGUGCCCCAGGACCCUGCUCUGCACCCCCAGGAUUCCCACCUGCAUUUGUGUGAGAGCCUUGAUCCACAGCCAGGAACCUUGUUCCCUUCCGAGCUCCCUGCUCUGCUCCCAGGACCCCUGCCCACAUGCAGGAGCUUAGGCUGCACUCAGGACCCUUGCUCUGCAUGCCUGUGAGCUCUGGUUUGCACCAGAGACUCUUGGCUACUUCCAAGCCCCCUGCCCAGCACCCCAGGGUCUCUUGCCUGCACUUAGGAUACCUUCUUGGCCCUCUUGGUUGCACCUGAGUCCCCUACCCUGCACCCCUGUGCCCCCUGCCCAGCUCCCUGAUGACAUGCCCCAGACCUCCAGCCCCCCAGAUCCCUACUCCAGCCCACCAAAGCAUCCCAUGCCCUCACCUUGAGCUCACACCCCAGCCCUGGAUCAUCCCACCUCCCAUCAGGAGGGACCAGCUGAGGCAGGUCCCUCCUGCCCCACUGUCCCCAGAGACUAGCUCCGUCAAGACCAAGUGCCUGGAGCAGCACAGACCCUGUCUGGGCUCCCCCACCCUUCCCAUCCCACAUGGUUCAUUGGGAGCAUGGGGGGGAGUCCACUUCUAAGCCCCCAGACCAGUCCUGCUGCAUCCCUCACCCACAUCCCUGCCAAAACCCAGCCCAGGCAGCCCUUGCCCCUCCACACCACAGUAAAUUAUUCCACCUCAGUAAA